UUCCGGGAUCGACCCCUCGUCUGACUGGCCGAUAUCGCCAUCGCCAUCGCCAUCGCCAUCAAAGUCACAAACUUUCCGUCGCAGACAUAUACCAGCAGGGAGGAAUUCUCAGCGCAAGAAUUGCGACAUCACAACAAACAAUAUGACGAGUUCAGCUCCGACGGAAUCUCAAAAAUUCCUCUCCACCAGAGGUGGUGACUAUGGCCUCUCAUUCGAGACUGUUGUCUUGAAGGGACUCGCUGCGGAUGGCGGUCUUUUCUUGCCUCACGAAGUCCCAAUCGCCCAUGACUGGCAAAGUUGGAAAGAUCUCUCCUACGCAGAGCUCGCGUUCAAGAUCUUUAGCCUGUAUAUCUCCCCCUCCGAAAUCCCGCCAGAAGACCUGAAAGGCAUCAUUGAACGGAGCUACUCGACAUUCCGUGCCGAAGAUGUUGUGCCCUUGACGCAUCUGCAAGAUGACAACCUAUAUCUUCUCGAACUAUUCCAUGGCCCAAGCUACUCCUUCAAAGACUGUGCCUUGCAGUUUCUGGGAAAUCUUUUCGAAUACCUCCUCGUGCGGAAGAACCAAGGAAAGGUUGGAAAAGAUAGGCAUCAUUUGACAGUCGUCGGCGCGACGAGUGGUGAUACUGGAUCUGCCGCCAUUUACGGUCUUAGGGGCAAGAAGGACGUGUCGGUGGUCAUCUUACAUCCUAAGGGCCGUGUCAGCCCUAUUCAGGAGGCGCAGAUGACCACCUGCACAGACAGGAAUGUCCACAACCUUGCCGUGACGGGAACGUUUGACGAUUGCCAGGAUAUCGUUAAGGCUAUGUUUGGUGACCCUGAUAGCAACCAGGCCUUGAAGCUCGGUGCUGUCAACUCGAUUAACUUCUCGAGAAUCCUCGCUCAAAUCGUGUUUUAUUUCUACGCCUACUUCUCGCUUGCUAGAAAGUCCCCAACGUUCAAGGUGGGUGACAAGGUCAGAUUUGUGACCCCCACUGGAAACUUCGGCAAUAUCCUCGCGGGUUACUUCGCAACCAAGAUGGGUCUCCCCGCCGACAAGCUGGUCGUGGCCACGAAUGAGAACGAUAUCCUGCACCGCUUUUGGACGACUGGCCGCUACGAGAAGAACCCUGUUCAGGAACAGAACGCUGAUGGCACCGUGAAAGCCGACGCUUGCAAGGAGACACCAAGUCCUGCAAUGGAUAUUCUGGUCUCCAGCAACUUCGAAAGACUCAUGUGGUUCCUCGCGAAAGAACAAGCAGCGGCUGCCGGCCUGGACGACACGUCCAGCAAAAAGAAGGCCGGUGAAGAGGUUUUGGCCUGGUACCAAUCAUUGAAGGCCACUGGCGGCUUCGGCCCUGUCGACAAGGAUUUGUUGGAGAAUGGGCGGUCGACUUUUGACAGCGACCGUGUGAGCAACCCAGAGACCGUGGAGACGAUCAAGUCCUGCUAUCAGGAGACGAAAUACGUUCUUGAUCCCCAUUCGGCUGUUGGAGUUACCGUUGCGCAGAGAUCCCUUGCUAAGACUGGCCCGAACGUCCAUCACAUCUCGCUCUCCACUGCUCACCCCGCCAAAUUCUCCGAGGUCGUUGAAUCAGCUCUAAAGGGCGAGGCCGGCUUCAACUUCGAUGAACAGGUGCUUCCCGACGAGUUUAAGGCUUUCGCGCAAAAAGAAACCAGGGUCACAACAGUUGAGAACUCGUGGGAGAAGGUCCGUGAGAUUGUGAAACGCCAGGCUGAAGAGGACAUCAAGGCCGAGAGCAGCGCUUAAAUCAAAGGUUUAUGUGAGACGAAUUGUCUAGGCCCCACCACCUGACAUUAAUAGACAUCUUUUCUUUUUUCUUCCAAAAAUACCAGGUUUCAUUUGCUGUGUGCUUAUUGUUUCGCGGGCACUGGGACACCACCCUUGCCAAGCCUUCACACAUACACGCGAAAUAUAGACUAUCAAAUAUCCUUCCAUGACGCUUUAGAUACUGCCAAAACAUGUCGUCUGAUAUAUAAGCCAAUAAGAACUGUUCCAAUGCAGCUACUUACAUGACAAACGGGCCACGAUACCGUCCUAGCCUCGAUAUGUGAAAAGCUCUUAAC